GGCUGCUCCGAGGUCCUCUCGCGCGCGCAGCUGGGUUGGAGCGCGCGGCGUCCGAGCCGUUCGGUUCCCCGCGGGCCAUGGAGCGGCUGACGUUGCCUCCGGGCGGCGCGGCGGCCGUGGACGACUACCUAGAGUACCGGAGAAUUGUGGGUGAGGAUGAUGGAGGGAAACUUUUUACUCCUGAAGAGUAUGAAGAAUACAAAAGAAGAGUUUUACCUAUGCGCUUACAGAAUAGAUUGUUCGUGAGCUGGCGAUCCCCAACUGGAAUGGAUUGUAAACUUGUGGGCCCAGAGACACUGUGUUUUUGUACACACAGGUACAAACAGCAUAAAACUGACUUUGAAACGGUUCCACAGCAGCGCCCCAUUAGCUUGCCUUGCCGAGUGACCGGCUGCCAGUGCAGGGCUUACCUUUAUGUGCCUUUGAAUGGCACGCAGCCCAUUCGCUGCAGGUGCAAACACUUUGCUGAUCAGCACAGUGCCACGCCUGGCUUUAUGUGCAAUGCCUGUUCCAAGUGUUCAGGAUUCCAUAGUUGCUUCACUUGUGCUUGUGGUCAGCCUGCGUAUGCCCAUGACACAGUAGUGGAAACUAAGCAAGAGAGACUGGCUCAAGGAAAACCAGUGGGACGGGAUGCUCCUUACGCGGCGAUGGGAGGAUUAACCGGCUUCAGCUCACUAGCAGAAGGCUACAUGCGGUUAGAUGACAGUGGAAUUGGUGCACCUUCAGCUGAAUUUUUAGACUCUCCAGGUACGGCCAUGGACCAUCCAUUUCUAAAGGCAUUUCAAGCAUCAUCUACUUCUCCAGAAACACUAACAGAUGUAGGUACAAGUAGUCAAGUUUCUUCCUUAAGGAGACCUGAGGAUGAUGAUAUGGCUUUCUUUGAAAGACGAUACCAGGAAAGGAUAAAAAUGGAAAAGGCUGCUAAGCAUAAAGGAAAAGCACCAGUGCCAUCAAAAACAAAACCUUCGUGAAGAUUAUUGGGGAAAUUAAAACCAUCAUCCAAAUGUAUCUUUUUUUGGUGUUUAUUUAAAUAUAAUAUAGUUUAUUGUCUCUCAAAUUGUUUACUUCUGUUAGUAUAUAAAAGGCCUUUUUGGAUGUUUUCUUGAUUUAAAUAAGUGAAAUUACCUUACCUGGUAUAUUACUUUUAUCAAAUUUUAUGAUUUACUAUUUUAUCUAUACUUUUUUAUCUCUCCUAACAAAUGAGGCUAUUUUCCUAUUAGUCAAAAGAAUAGUAAAUAUCUUUAGUCUAUCAUAAUUUAACUUUUUCAAACUAUGUAUCUAAACAUUAAAGCUGGCGUUGGCUGGUGUGGCUCAGUUGGUUGAGCGUCAUCCUGUGGACCGAAACGUCACCAGUUCCAUUCCCAGUCAGGGCACAUGCCCAGGCUGCAUUUGGAUCCCUGGUCGGGGUGCACACAGGAGGCAGCUGAUCAAUGUUUCUCUCGCACAUUGUUGUUAUUGGGGAUUUUGAACAAAUAUAUAGGGCCACUGUUUCAAAAUAGUAAGUUAAAAUGAUCAUUUUUUUGUUUUUUGGAACUUUGUAAUGUUGAUUUACGUUUUUAAUAAAAAGCUAUUUCAAAAUUAUAUAAUCA